AGAGAAACUGAUAGAUGGGGGAAGGGUGCAAAGGAAAGUGAAACAUUAAAAAAAAUUGAAGAAAAAAUCUUGCUGAGGCAGAAGCUGAAAGAUGGGAAUGGGAACUAUGCAAGAAAAAAUACUAACAGGCUGAGAUUGGCAGUGUUUGUGUUUGUACAUGCUCAUGCAGCCCACCCAGGCCCCCACCCCCUCCUGAAAUUCCAGGAGCUUGAAUUUUAAACUGAAGGUUACUCUGGGAAAAUGCAUUUUCCUAUUUCAUACUGCUAGACAGGCCUGUGUCACAGCGGUAGGUAUUGCUUUUCCCUGAAUUCCAGACUGUUCUUUGAAACAGAAUAUAAAAAAAAUAGUAAUAAUGAAAAGCACUCCGAGCAAAAGAGAAGCAGAAUAGAUCGGGGCUAAUCUGCCAGCACUCAGAGGAAAAAACAUUUUUCCCUGCCACAAAGAACCCUAUUGUUCCCAUGUUAAGUAUUUAAUUUUGCCUGCAUUUAAACCAAGCUGUCUUAAAUUCUGUUUUCUUAAGAUGGGGAAGCAUGUGCCAGUUACUGCAGCAGUCUUCAGUGGCUCCAGGGAGAAGCUGACCUCUGUGAUUUCCAGGACUGGUCAAUUUUUCUCAGCCUGCCUAAAUUGAUUUUUGGUAGAGGAGAGUGUGACCUGCCCUUUAAGGCUGGGAAAUCUCACCACCUCUUCAGAUUGUAAGAAUUAGAGCUACAUCAAGGAAAGAAGCCUAUGAGAAAUCUGAGCAUUUUGGGAAAUGUUGGAUAUAAUGACUGUUACCCACAUAUGUCCUUCUGGUAAAUCUUAUUAAUGAACCUUCAGCUUUGUCACUGUGAUGAAACUCAGAUUUUCAUUUGUUCUGAGCUGGAAAUUUUUGUGUGCAUUCCUCACGUAGCUAACAAAAGUCAGUAUCACUAUGCAGUGCAUUUCCCUGGUAGGGUGUCAAGUCAGGGAGCGUCUCUUUCAAUAUUAGAAGAAUUUCUCCUUUAUUUAGCAGAAAUGAGGAUGCUAUUAAUAUAAGCAAGCUGUUAUUAACAGAUAGUUACUCACACAGUACUUUCAAUUAUUUUCUCCUACAGUCACAUUCCCUCACACUGGUUACCCAGAGAGGAGAUGGAGAGGGUUGUCAUGCUGCUGUGUUUGCUCGGGCACUUUGGCGAGUUCCCAGAGAAGAAAUGAAGAGAGGAGCAUUGCCACGAUGUCCUUCUGCCCCCCCGAGCCAGGGAUGCAGUCCUGCUCCAGCGCCCUGGUUCCCUCGGGUAGCCCCGGGCACGCACCGCUGCCCCGGCCGUGCGGGACCCUCCGGCCCGGUGGAGAAGUCCGAGGCGCUGGUAACGUGGCAACUCUGAGGCGAUCCGUGCUCUGAGUGAAACAGGAGCUCGGAGCCGGCAGAGGCUGAGAGAGGAAGGAGGGGGGAGCGCGGGAGGAGGGAGCGAGCACCGGCACUGAUGGACGAGCCAAAGGUCACAGGUACCAAACCAAAGAUGUCCUCAACAAGAACGAUUCUACUCAUCCUGGGAUUCCUCUCUACUUUGGCUGUAAUUGCUUUAAUUGCUGUAGCAGUCACCCAAAACCAGCCACUGCCGAAGAAUAUUAAGUAUGGGAUCGUGCUGGAUGCGGGAUCGUCCCACACCAACCUCUACGUGUACGAGUGGCCAGCAGAGAAGGAGAACGACACUGGGGUGGUGAAGCAGGUGGAAGUGUGUAAAGUUGAAGGCCCUGGGAUCUCAGGUUACUCCCAUGCCACAGAGAAGGCAGGUCCCUCUCUGGCACAGUGCCUACAACAAGCAAAAGAGGUGAUUCCCUCAGCACAGCACAAAGAGACACCCGUCUACCUCGGAGCAACUGCUGGCAUGCGGCUUCUCAGGUUGCAGAAUGAAAGUGCAGCAGACAAAGUCUUGUCCUCAGUAGGAAGCACACUACGCUCAGCUCCCUUCAACUUCCAGGGUGCCAGAAUCAUCACUGGUCAGGAGGAAGGAGCCUAUGGAUGGAUCACCAUUAACUACCUUCUGGGCAAUUUCAAGCAGUCUGGCUGGAAAAAGCUUCUACACUCCCUGAAAUCCUUAAGUGAGACAUCAGGAGCACUAGACCUUGGAGGAGCCUCCACACAGAUUACCUUUGUAUCAAAGGACCUCUCUUCUGAGUCCCCAGAGAACCAGCUCUACUUCCGUCUCUAUGGCAAGGAUUACCAAGUGUACACACACAGCUUUCUCUGCUAUGGGAAGGACCAGGCCCUGCAACAGAAACUGGCCAUGGACCUACAGACCGUGGAGAACAGCAGUCUCCCCGACCCAUGCUUUCACAAGGGUUAUGAGAGGACUAUAAAUAUUAGUGACUUCUUCAAAAACCCUUGCACAUCAGACAAGAAAAAGCAGUUACCUUUCAGCCAGCUGUACAUAAAGGGAGAGGGGGACUAUCAAAAGUGCCGAGAAAACAUCCAGAAACUCUUCAACAAAAGCAAUUGUCCUUAUUCCAGUUGCUCCUUCAAUGGGAUAUACCUACCUCCAUUACAAGGGGAUUUUGGGGCUUUUUCUGCUUUCUAUUUUGUGAUGAACUUUUUGAACCUGACCAGUGAACCAAACCCCCUUGCCCUGAACAAAGUGACCAGCACCAUUGAGAGCUUCUGUGCCCGGCCUUGGCAAGAGGUGAAGACAGCAUAUCAGCACAUCAAAGAAAAGUACCUGAGUGAAUAUUGCUUCUCUGGAGCCUACAUCCUCUCUCUCCUGGAAAAUGGCUAUGAGUUCACUGAAAACAAUUGGCAAAUGAUCCACUUCCUUGGAAAGAUUGGCAGCAGUGAUGCAGGUUGGACCCUGGGCUACAUGCUGAACCUGACCAACAUGAUCCCUGCAGAGGAGCCAGCCGGGCCCCCUCUCUCCCAUGGCAGCUACGUGGGGCUGAUGGUGCUGUGCUCCCUUGUGCUGGUGUCUGUGCUCCUGUUUGCCUGGCUUCUCUUCCACAAGCCCAAGUGCCUGCAGAAGGGGAUUGUUUAGGAAGAACCUGAGGGGAGAGGACCCAUGUCAUCCUGGCUGCUCAGGGCUCAGGAGACCCCAGCAGAGCAGAGUCCCUCUCACUGAAGCUACUGACUGUACAACAAGGGCAUUUAUUUCUUCUGAAUCACACUUGCACUGACAGAUGUUGGGACAUCAGGCUCGCCACCUUCUCUGCCAAGGACAGACAAGCUCGUGUCCCCUCCUUGAGUGGGUCGUACUCUCAUUCAAUGAAACUUUGCUGCUUGUUGGUUUCUGCCUUGUGCACAGCAUUAUAAAGAGAAAAGUGGCAGCAAUCUUUGGGAGCCAGUGCUCCUGCAAGGGUUAUCUCAGGGUCACAAUCCCACUGAGCUCUUGGGAGCUGUCACAUACAGGGUGAUCCUGCUCCUUCUCUGCUGAAGCUGUUCCCAAGAGCCCUUUCUGCACCAGCACACCUCUGCUCACCUCCCCACGCCCUGAGCUCUCACAGCCCUACAGCUGGCUACAGCUCUUGCACCUGACUGGCCCCUGAAGGCGGGUCAGGCUCCCAAAUGCCACUCUGGGAAAAGAAGGGAUGAGGAUGAAGAAACCGAGCUUGCUUGUGGUCAUCAGCCCUUAGCUGGGUUCUGCCGGCUGUCAGCUCCUUUUGCAGGUGGCAAAAUGCCUUUUUCCCACGUCUUCCUGAUGUCAUUGCUGGACCAAAGCUGGCUCGCUGUUGCACUGAGCCAUUCCCACAUCCCUAAGGCACAUCAAGCCACAAGUUCCCAGCCAGGCAUUGCUGCUUGUUGUAGGAAGUCUUGUAUUGUACUGGUUCCUCGGCCAGAAGUGAUUAUUUAUGCCUGCAGGGACUCUGGUGUGACCAGUGUGCCCUCAGGUACAGACCCACUGAAGCAAUCCAGGGUCACUGUGCUGAUAACACAGCAGCCUCCAGUUUAAGGAAAGUGUUUAUCAGUUAAUGUUCCUGUAGGCAGCUGGCAGCAGUUAACCAGCAUGAGUAUGCACAGAUUGAACCACUCUUUCCACCAGCAAAAUUAAUGAAAUUUUGCCAUUCCUUUCCUCCUAGCACAGGUUUAUCCUAUGGCCAUAAGACCAGGGCUUGUGAGUGCACAUACUGCAGCCCAUCUUCUAGCACACAACUAGGAUGAUGCCACUGAUUGAGCUUAUUAAUCACUUUCUUCCGUUUUUCCAUUUCUUAGUCCAAAAAAAAGAGAGGUAAGUCAGAAAUCAAAUUUUGUAAAAACACUUAGAAACCACUGGUGCCUGUCUGCCUCACACAAAAUCUCAGAAAUCUCUUCUCCAAAUGACCUGUAAAUGUGGAAGCAAACAGAAAGCAGAUAUUGUAGAGAGAGAGGAAGGCAUAGCAAAUGCCCAUCUGCUUCCCCGAGCAGAGGUGCAGGCAGUGUGGAGGGGGUCAGGAUGUGCAAGCCCAGUAAUGCCCUCUCCUUCAGGCAAGCACAGACACAGAGCUCUCCCAGUCUGUCCCUCUGCGUAAUCCAAGCUGGAAAAUGUCACCCAGUUAGUUCUACUUCAUGCCUGGAAGUAGAAGCCCUGAUAUAUUGAAGGACCUAAAUGUAAGGAAAAAAAUCUACCCUUUUCUUUGGGCAGAUCGUUGUUCUUCUAAAAAUCUGUCUUAUUUUUGCUCUGAAUUAGCUGGCUUCAGCUUCUGUUGGAUCUUGUUCUGCCCACUUCCAAAAGACUGAGUAAGUCUGUUAUUAAAAUCCCUUUUUAACUUUGUUGGUGCUUGCAAGUUGUCAUUAUAUCAUAUUAAAUAGAUUGGUUUUCAAUCUGUAAAGUGUCAGUCUCUGCUGACCUCACUUGCAGCUCUCCAUUUCUUUUAAAAGUUUUAUGUCUUUCUGAAACUUAGACACCAAAGUUUUCAGCAGGUAGCAGAGUCACUAAUAGUGUAUAUAUCUGGUUUUGAUCUAUGCUCUAUGUUCCCUAUUCAUAUUAUCUCUGGUCCAGGUCUGUUCACUUAACAGAAAAUUUUUAGGCUUUUGAGUCCAGCUGGGCUAUUGCAACUCAGUCUUUUUUCCCAGUCAUUGCAUUUCAGAACAGCCUCUGUCUCACAUCCUACAUCACUGUCUCUCAAUAUGAGCCAUUUUUCCUUCUGUAUGGCUCCACUGAAACACUUAUUAUUCAAAGAACAUUGCCCCAAGCAGAUUAUCCAGCUCAAUCUGCAAAUGACCCUUCAGCAGCUGUGAGUCCAUUGACUGGUUUUUGUUUAUCUGCAAACACAUUGUGAUGUCUGAAUUCAGCUAGGGAUGCAGUCUUCCCUCUGUUGUUUGCAGCAAAGAUAGGCAGAUGAGAGAUGAACAGCAGGUUCUGGCCAUGGCUGGAAGGCACACAGGAGAAACGUGGGAUCAGAGCUGCUUCUGCUGCCCAGACAGCCUCAUUUGCAACACACCCCAUCCCGUGCCACCUUCCUUGUGUACAGAGCCUUUGUAGCAGAGCAGAUGCCCUGGGGAAGCUCCUCGGGUGAGCUGGCACAUCCCUUGAACAGCAUGGAAACCUGCAGAGUGGAAAUUCCUCUCCUGAGACCUCCUUGGGGAUCUGGCAGCUGCUCGGUUGUGUCCAUGAUGAGAACUGGCAGAUCCAUUAGGACAUGUCAGAAAUAGAUGCAAAAAACUCACGUGGAAGUCGGUGUGGAAAGAAAAGUUUGUGCCAGUCUGCUCUUCUUGUCCCUGCUAAGGAUUUAUGCCACAGGAAAAUGUCCAGUAUCUGGGAGAAGAGCUUUUACAAUGUUCUGAAUCUGAAUUGCAAGUCCCUUAAUAUUAAUAUUGUUAGCUCCUGAUUCUGGAGCCAGGAGAGCAGCUAGCAUCUUGACUUGCUCCUCCUGUCUUAAUUAUCUCACUUUUUGGUUUGAGUUUUGGGGUUUUUUAAAGCUUUAAUUGUGACUUGAGUGCAACCUAAAGGGCCCAAGCUAAAAUAAAUGCAAAAUAUGUUACAGUAUUUUUAAAACUUAUUACUUUUAGACCCUAUUCAUAAAUAAAUCUCUCCAGGAUAAGAACUUCUAAGGUGACAACAUGCCAGUUGAGCAGUCUGAGCCUCCAGGAAUUGAAGGCACCCUGUCAGGGUGAGACCAUUGCAUGUCUCUGCCUGGUAGUGAACAUUCACAGAAUGGCCUAUGAUUGUUUUCUCUCCAUUUCUCCUGUUAUUGCAGGACUUUUUUCAUGGAGGCUACUCAAAAUCCUUGGUCAAAGAGUUCAAGUUUAUGAACAUUCAUUUCUUUGCUUCUGUGUUGCAUCUGAUCCAGCUGUAUUCAACUCAAAUGUGUGUUCCAGAGCCACCCAACAUGUAACUAAAGACCAUUAAUGAUAGUGGAGGAAGUUUCCAAAUAUGCCAGUAAUAAUGUAUCAUUUCUCUUGUUAAUACAGUUCAUCUGCCUCACUGAUAAUUAUCUGUGCCUUAUUUCUAAUUUGAUAGCUUCUGGCUUUAAUUUCCAGACACUUCCUGCUUUACUAUUUGGCUUUUCCUGGGUAAAGCAUCUUCUAACAUCA